GAGCGGAGAGAACAGAGAUCCUGUCUAACUUUUGGAAGCAAAGGCUGGAGACACAAUCGGAUCUCGCAGAACGAGUUUUACUACUAAAGUGAUCCACGACCUCGUCAAGCGAGUCAGGCGAGAUGACUAAAUGUGCUGGUGCUAAACCUUAACUCUUCAAAAGUUCAAGAGGUGCAGCUAGAUGUUUAUUUGACAGUUGGCAGGAGUAUCAGUACACAGCUUCUCCAUCGUGUUGGUGAGUGGCCCUCACUGUUGUGCAGUGGAGGGCUUCACACUCGCAGCUAGUGUGGCUGGAUGCAUCACACAGCAGAACAGUUUGGUGGGUGCAGCACACGGGACCCCUUUCCUCUGGACGGACUCAACCGGGGACCAUGGGCUCCCGUGGGCAGCCGCGCCUGGCCACCUCCGUCCAGGUGCUUACCUGGUGUCACUCAACACCAGUUUCUCCCUCAUCUCCCUCCCAGUCACAUGACUGGACUUAACCAUCAAAGUAAAUUCUCAAACAGUGGUCUCUUACAUCGAGGCGAUAAACAAGACCUGUCUCAGCCUUUGUUGCCAGGAUUACAAAGGGUACCCCCUGCACCUCCUAGGCCUUGGGAACAACCCAGAACUGGCCAGGGAUAUGAGCCUUUGCCUAGUGAUGACUACAGCCGGCUGCACAAUGGCUAUAAUGCAGGACCACCUGCACACCUGACAGCUCGAGCCAAUGAACUACUAAAGUAUGGUGCUCCUCAGCAUGGUUCUAGGCCCAUGCCUCCAUUACCUGAUCUAUGGACUCAACCUCAGACUCCGCAGCAACAGGGACCUCACUCUCAUGCUGGGCAUUUAAAACGACCAGGGCCUCCUCUGGGAGAGCACUCUGUUAUUCAGCAUGCCCCUACUCCUUUGCACCGACCCGUGGAGGAUUCCCCCAGCCCCAACAAAAGAAAAAAGAGCUCUGGGUCUGAGCAGAUGUCUCAUCCAGCCAUUCAGCGAUUACCUGGGCCACCUGUACAUUUGAAUCAGCAGCCAUCCCCUCACUACCCUCCUCACAAACCUGACUUUUGGAACCCAUUGCACAAAGUAGAAGCAACCUGUAACCAGUCUGAACGCAAAAGUGGACCCAUGGAUUUCCAGGCCAAGCCAGGACUUGAAAGUUUUUCCUAUAAACCACCUCCAUCUACUAUGUCUCCACCUACUAUUCCUCCCACAAGAGGCUAUGGACAGAACAGAGGUCCUCCUCCACAAUCCCACAAGACUCAACCGUCACCACAACAUGUGGGAUCAGCUUCACACAACCCACCCACCCACCAUCCUACCUACUCCUACUCCAACAACAGACCUUCAGGCCAAGGGGAGCCAAAGAGUACUGAUCCACAAAGAGGACAUUCUGGAGUAAGUUAUUUUAAAAGUCAGGUUCCACCACCAACAUCAUCAUCACUGCAGGCAGAUAGGGAGCACCCGGCACCCUCACCAGCAAACCACACCACUGUGCCUUACAGUCACCACCAGUUCCAGCCUCACCCCGGGCUGGUUCAUUCCACCAGCCCACCGGCCAGCAGCCAAGCCCAGGCCACAGUACCUCAGCACAACCUCCACAAACCCUGGAGGAACCAGGUCAAACAUGGACAGCAUGCAGCACAGAACAGGAUUGGUAAGGACUACAAGGGUCCAGUAACCCCCCAACGUGUGAGCCUCCCUCAGGCCUCUGCUCGAGCACCUGUAAUUUCCACGAACCUGGAGACUCCCUAUCCAUCUCGCUCCCUUGAAAUGUACAGAAAUGGUGAAAGCAUUGCUUCAAUGAGUUCAGCACCAUCUACCACCUGCUCCAACCCUAACGCUUUGAGUUGCUGGAGAGCCACAGAUUCUUCAGUGCUAAUGUCAAACCCAAACCAUUUAUCCAUGAUUAAUCCAAGCGUACCAUGUCCAAAGUAUCAGGAUGUCCUCUCUGGUAUCGGAACCCAACCACAGCCACACAGAGUGGCACAAUCUCAGAUUCAGCAAUCCACUUUUUCCCACCCACAACAGAAUAGACCUAAUUACACCCCAGUGUCCUCAGCUUCAUCCACCCUAAACUCAGGGCAUCAAAGAUCAGGAGAGAGCGUCAUCACCAGCAAUACCUCGAACACUCACCCAAAGGCAGUCAGUUUACCCCUACAACACCUUCAACCUCAAACACAUGUAACAGUCAAUUCAGCUCUUCAGCCAGUAUCGAACUGUUCAUACACCACAGUGCCCAUCCAAAAGCCUGUCUCGGUUUCUCAGGCAUCUUCUGUUCCAGCCUCGGUCCACCAAAGGCCCUGUCUGCAACCUUCUGCCCCAAGCCCUCAGUCCAUUGCUGAUGCUUUAAGCAAACUUGAUGCAGAACUGCAGAGUCACAUGCAAGCAGAGAAGAAAAGGAAACAGGAGGAGUUGCGGAAACUGAAUGCAGAAAGACAGGAAGUGGAGACAAAGCCACACAAUGAAUCGGCCAUCAAGAGUCUGGAGCGUUUUCUGUCAGGUAGUGUACCUGAGCCUCCACUUCCACGUCUGUCUCCUGCCAAUGCACCCUCCUCCAUUUCGCCUCCUAGCCAGAAUUCCCUUCCCUAUCCCUGGUUGAGUCGAGGUGGAAUGCCACCACGUCCUACUGGAACUGCAACAACUCUUCUGGAAAGAUCCCAACCACCACCUCUCACACCCCAGACUGAAUAUGCUAGAGAGAAGCAAAGACAGAGAGAGAAGCGGAAAACUGGUGCAUCAUUCACUGCCCCAUCACAGAAUUCCAAUGACAUUCCCAUAUUCCCCUCUAAACCUGAUGUCAUCCUCCCCUCUGACAACCAGAGCCACACAAAUCAAUCCAAAUCGGAUCCAUCCAAAGACACUACCAUUUUAAAAGCCUCUCAUAAUGUUGGAAGUAUGGAUCAUUUGCCCAACCCCCCACCACUGCGAGAGCCACCUAAAAUUUAUCAGGCUUUCCUCAAGCAUGCUCAGUCUUCAUGCAUAUUGGUCAGCACAACUACAAAGGGCCUUCAAAGACAUAUGCCUAGUACAGGGCUUGGAAGUCUUUGUAGCAGUUCAAACAGCUGCAGCGGUGACUCUGAUGGUGCACAAUUUGAGGAGGAACCUUCUGAGCUCUUGCCUGAUGGAUUAGCUAACAUUAUGAAGAUGUUGGAUGAGUCCAUUAAGAAAGAAGAGGAGUUGUAUUCUGGUCAGAGUGGAGAACAAGCUGUACCAGAACAUCCGUUUUCUAUCAAUGUAGCUCCAUUAAAGAGUUACUUAUGUGCUCCAGACCUCAUGCCUGCCAUAAAGCAAUCUCCGACUGGGGAUUAUCAGCAGGACAGCCAAUCAAGUCCUCCUGUAUUGAGCCGGCAAGGUUCACUGGCAUCUCCUUGCAGCCGUACUUCCUCACUUGAGGAAGAUGAUGACGUUCCAAAGGUGAUUCCCAAGCCUGCCGCUGCUAGUAUGCAGUCCCAAGAAAACAGACUGGCCACAUCAGGUACAAACUAUCGCCACAGUGACUUGGCUAAGCUGUAUGGACUUUCAGAGGCAGAAAAAAGUGAGUGUGAGGAUGAUGAAGAUGCAGACCAAGAUGAUGAAACUCCAUCUUGUUCACCACCUCAGCGGCCACACCUUCAUCAAACGGGUGUGAACAGCAUGUUUAAAAACCUUGCUUCUGUUCUGGAGAGCCAGAAAUACACCCACCGUGGUGGGCCCUUUGGUCGCCCUCCUCCCUCAGCUUUUGUGGGAGUGAAGUACUCCUCCUCUCUUUCUCUGGGACCUGACAUUUGUCGUCAACAACAAAGCACUUCCCCGACAUCAGGUUCAGUCAGUCAUCCACUCUUUAGCAGUCCAAACCAAACAUCUGCCAGUAGUUACUCUGAUCAACCUCGCCCAUUCUCACCCACAGAAUGGGCACCAGAGAGGAAGCCAAGUCGGUCAGUCAAUUUGGUCAACGAUGAUGAAACCACAGGAAAGAACGACACUGGAACCUGCAAGGAGUUGGUCAAGUUACUGGAAGAACGACCAAAGCUGACCACCAUCUCAGAGGCUUCAUUUGCUGAACUUGGUCAUAGCUACGAGGUGAACGAACACGUGCUUCCUUCUAAGGACCACUUAAAGGCAGACUUGCAGGAGGUGUGCAAAAUCAAUAAGGAAAAAGACAGACACAGAGACCGAGAACGAGAAAGGAAACACAAACACAGUAGUAUGAAACAUGAGGACAGGAAAGAGAGGAGAAAAAAGCACAGGGAAAAGCAAGAUGAAGCAUCCCUUUCCUCUUCAUCAUCUUCCAGCUCAAGUCGACGGCACAAGGAUGGCAAGGCACACAAGGAAAAGAAGAGUAGGCAGGUGUUAGGUAACCUGGACCUUCAGAGUAAGGAGUUUAGGGAGAAGGAACAUGAGAGUGACCGAGACAAGAAGAGAUGGAAAGAGGAAUGUAGUCACCCCCAGAAUGAAGUGGAAGAGUGGGUGCGGAGUGAAUACAGUAACAGUGGCUUUUCCACCGAUGUCCCAUCUGCUUCAUCAGCAUUAUGUUCUGAAGACUUGCAGAAACUUAAGGCACUGACAGAUGGACCACCCAAAGAACUGAAAAUCCGCCUCAUAAAGGUGGAAAGCGGAGACAGGGAGACGUUCAUUGCAUCAGAGGUGGAGGAGAAGAGGAUUCCUCUGGAGGAGAUCACCAUAAAGAACACAGCUAGUGAAAUCAUCAGAGCAUGCAAGGGAGCUCGGACCAAGGGGAAGUUUAGGGAAUCUUACCUACUACCUGCCUUUUCGGUCAAACCAGUUUUGACCACAGAGCAUCCCAUCCCUCGAGAGAAACUGAACCCUCCCACUCCGAGUAUCUAUUUGGAGAGUAAGAGAGAUGCAUUUUCUCCAGUGCUUCUGCAGUUCUGCACUGAUUCUAAGAACCCCAUCACUGUCAUCAGGGGACUAGCAGGUUCCCUUAGACUGAAUCUGGGCCUGUUUUCCACUAAGUCUUUGGUGGAGGCAAACUCGGAGCAUGCGGUGGAAGUGCGGACUCAGGUCCAGCAGCCAGCAGAUGAGAACUGGGAUCCCAGCGGCACUGGGCAGAUCUGGCCCUGUGAGAGCAGCAGGUCACAUACAACGAUAGCAAAGUACGCUCAAUACCAGGCCUCCAGCUUCCAAGAGAGCUUACAGGAAGAGAAGGGCAGUGAUGAGGAGGAUGAUGAAGAUGAGAAACCAGCCACUAACUCUGAGAGCACAACCAGUGUCUCUGCUCCCAGCUCCAGUAAUACAGACCAGAAAGCUGUUGGAAAAAUAAUUAAAUUUGGCACCAACAUCGACCUGUCUGAUCCUAAAAGAUGGAAGCCACAGCUUCAGGAACUGCAAAAGCUACCAGCGUUUAUGCGUGUGUCCUCCAGUGGGAAUAUGCUGAGUCAUGUUGGCCACACUAUUCUUGGAAUGAACACAGUACAGCUCUACAUGAAGGUUCCUGGAUGCCGCACACCAGGACAUCAGGAAAACAACAACUUCUGUUCUGUGAACAUCAAUAUCGGGCCUGGUGACUGUGAGUGGUUUGCUGUACACAAUAACUACUGGACGGCCAUCAGUGAUUUUUGUGAAAAGCAUGGAGUGGACUACCUAACAGGAUCAUGGUGGCCGGUUUUGGAUGACCUGUACCGCUCAAAUAUACCUGUGUACCGGUUCAUCCAGAGGCCGGGAGACCUGGUAUGGAUUAAUGCAGGCACUGUACACUGGGUUCAGGCUGUAGGCUGGUGCAACAACAUUGCUUGGAACGUGGGACCCCUUAAUGCAUAUCAGUACCAGUUGGCUUUGGAGAGAUUUGAGUGGAAUAAUGUAAAGAAUGUGAAGUCCAUCGUUCCUAUGAUUCAUGUGUCCUGGAACGUUGCUCGCACUGUCAAAAUCAGUGACUCAGACACUUACAAGAUGAUCAAACACUGUCUCCUCCAGUCUAUUAAGCACAUUCAGAUACUGAGAGACCAGCUGGUGGUAGCAGGGAAGAAGAUCUCCUACCAGAGUAGAGUGAAGGAUGAGCCGGCCUACUACUGUAAUGAGUGUGAUGUGGAGGUGUUUAACCUGCUGUUCGUGACCAGUGAGAAUGGCAGUCGAAAGACGUACGUAGUGCACUGUGAGGACUGUGCACGAAAAUGCACCACUAACCUCUCUAACAUCGUAGUGCUGGAGCAGUACCGCAUUGAAGAGCUGAUGACCGUGUAUGACUCUUUCAUCCUGGCCGCCACCUCUCCCAGCUCACGAUGAGGACAACUCACCCUUUCCCUCACACAGCCAUAACCAAAUCUCCUGCUUGCAGGACAAGAUUUUUUUGUGAAUUUUUUUUUUCCAACCGUAAAUUUACUACUACUGCUAUUUGUUGAACAGCCAAUGGAAAACCAGUUUACUUAGCAUUGUUUACAGAACCAAUUAGCCAAUAAGACGGCCUUGUCUCUGAAUGGCUCUAAUAGACUUUUAUUGGAACAUAGUUUGGUGCUCACAGCAGUGGAGUUGAUGUGACCAUGUCAUUUGUGGCAUGUGAGUUUUCUUUCAUGUUGCUCUUUUUUUGUCUUGAAUAUUGAAAUGCGUAAAUGCUCUUUGUACUUUUCGUGGGGUGCUUUUUCCUCUGAUAAUUUAUUAUUUUUGAAACUAGAACAGCCUAGAUAUAUACCACAUUGGCCUUGUGACUUGUAUUUAGUGAAGAGAUAAAAAUUAAUAAUACUAAUUAUAGAGCUAUGGACAUUUUUCUAAAGCAUUAAGAAUUAAAAGAAAUACAAUUGUUCAGAAUGCUUCAAAACAUACGGGUUUUAAAGACUUUUUAAGUUUUUGUUAGUAUGAAAUGUUGUGCAUUUCUCACCAUCAGGACAAACAUUUUACGAUUACAUUUUUAAAAUCACUCAUCUGCAUUUUGUGAGCGCAGAAUUGAUCAAUUUAUCAAUUUUGUCAGUGAAUUGUUUCUCACCUCUAUACAGAUGUAUUUUCUUUUUUGAACUUUCUAAAGAAAUAUGUACAUUUUUUAUUUAAUUUUUUUCUAUUUAUUGUUAUAUAGUAUGUUCUCCCUGCAUCAUUAUGGUUAUCAGAGAUGUAUUAAGGGUUUUGAUUGUUAUUCUCAUUUCUGUGUAAUGUUUUAAAGGGACUGAUAUGGUUCUGAUAUUUUUUGUCUUGGUGCUUUUUUCCCUUUAAUUAUUUUUAUAAAACUAUAUAUUGAAUCUCUCAAUUGACUGUAUGCCCACAAAGAUUGUUGAGCACAGAUGUGUGAAAUUUGAAUCAAGUUGUCUUUUUACACAAAUGUUUUAAAGACAUUUUCUCCACUCACAAGAAAAGAACAGAAUCGCUGAUACAUAUUUACAUUGUAAGUCUUGCUUUGGACAAAGCAGAAGACUAAAACCAGGGACAAUUUUCUUAAGCAUUUUCAGAUUAGACCUGUCUCUGACUCUUUUUACAAUGGUGACUAUUAUGUUGGUUUUUAAUACCUAUGUGGCACAUUUAGUGGCGCUUCUGUCCUGUUGUAAAGACUGUUCAUGCUGACAACAGCAGGCAUAAUCUUUCGACAUACACAUUACACAUUUGUUGGCAACAGGGGCUGUCAUGCCAAUAUUGAGGCAUUUAUGGCGUAAAUCAAGUUGAACUGUAAAUUCUGUGGCAUUUUACUGGAAUGAGUAAUAGUGUGAAAGGGAAUUAAGAUGCAUUAUCAUUUUGAUUUGUAUACUGUUUUUACCAAGGUUUAGAGAUGUAAGCUUAAAAUAAUUCAUGUAUUAUCAGGAAAACGGUGGUUUUAAUUAUGCUAUAGAUGGUGCUUAGUUCUUUUUGAGCUACUUUCUCCAUUUUGUUUUAUUUUUUGUUUAUGGUUAUUUAAAAUCUGCACUGUUUUGAAAUUCACACACGAAGCAAACUGAGCCAGACAUGUCUUAAACACUUUGUGAAUUCGUGUGACAUUGAUAUGAUUAUUCUGAAUAAUAUUAAAUGCUUUUGAUAAACUUUGA